UUGCAGAAUGAUCGGAUCCUGUCGCUGCACACAUGUCAACUCUAUACAUGUGCUUGGUGUGAGUCUGGUUCCCUGUUUUGGUGGGGUGUACUCCCUUUCAACCAACGCAAGAAACUGUGGGAGAAAUUCCGUAGCAAAAGUCGUAAACAGAGAUCCGAGAUCACAGAAGGAGUGCAAGUAGGCAUGAGGUCUUCACCAAUGUACCAUCCAGGAGCUCUUGCCUUUUCCACUUCAGGAGGUGUGCCCAAGAUUGGUCAGUUGCUAAAUGCUGCCUGGAAUCUUAGUGACACAUGCAGAUUUAAGAUACUCCCUCCAGGAGGCGUCAAUAGUGGAUGCAACAAUAGUAGUGCGUCCAGCAGUACCAGUGGAAGUGGAAGUAGUGGUAACCAGCAGUGGUUCCAGUACCAGCUUUCAGGGUGCUGCAGGCUCAACAUCAACAUCUCAGAGUGCUGCCUCAAGUAACAGCGGCAGUUCCUCAAGUGGUAGUAGUGGAAGUGGGGAGAAGAAAACUGUGGCAUCAGAAGUCCUUGGACCAGUUGCAAAGAUCCUGAAGUGUGGUGACAGCAAGGAGUCCUCGGAUAAACUCGACAUGCCCCCUCCACCUUCACCUGCUUCUAGCACGUGCUCUGAUACUGGAUCCAUUACAUCCCCUGCAUCAUACAAGCGUGGAAAGAGACCAACACCUCGGGAUGACAUAGAGAGGUUUGAUGAGGAAGAGUGGCCAUUAAGGGAUGUAAUAUUUGUUGAAGACACGAGACCAGUACCAAUCGGAGAAGUGCUGGCAGUUGAUGGCAAUCAGGUGGUGGUUGUGCCACAGACGAAAGAAGGCAAGGGCAACCUGCGUGUCAUACAUCGGGACCAGCUGCAGGUUAUCCGUGCUGGUGGCAACCCUCGUGUUCCAGACUGUUACCAGAAGACUCCCAAGCGCAUUCCUGUCAGCGAGCAGGGCCAAAUUCUCACUGUGGCUGUGGAUGGCAGAGGCAUUCACGCCAUUGUCAGGAAUGGUAGCCGCUUGACAUAUGUCAUAUACAAUCUCAGCUCUGGGAAAUCAGAGCAGGAAUGUGUAUUUCCAACUGAAAGUACAGCAUUCAUGGGAUCAGAACCAUCUGCCAUAUCACUUACCAUUAAUGGAGAGAGUGAAAAUGUCGGAGUGCUUCGUGAUGGUAAUAGUACUAUCUACCCUCUGAGCAAAGACUGUGUAGACUCUAUCAAGGACCCUCACUGGCCUGAUCUACCUCCGGUCUCAUGCUUAGGUGUAGCCACACAUUUCUUGCAUGGGGCUGGUGCUCACCAGAAGAACCAUGUUGCAUUACUGGUGCUGGCACUCAAGACACAAACUCUGAUGCCCAAAAUCCUGCGAUGUGAUCCAGAAGGUGUUAGGCAGGUCUUGGCUGUCAUUGAAAGUGACAAUGGAGCUGGUAUGACGAGUUUAACAACGGAGGGAAUAGUAGAAGAAAAGUGUGAUGGAAACCGCAACAUCCUGCAUGCAUGUAUAUCUACUUGCUGUCCAGUUACGAGCAAAGAGACAGAAGGGGAAUCUGUAUUAGAGAAAGAUCCUAUUUUGGGUAGCUUUGCUUGGCCACCCAGCUCAUCUGAUACCCUCAGUGAUACAGCCAGUGCGGCAGGGCCAGAGGAUGACCUCAUGACCCCAUCUUCCUCCAAAACCACACCAGGGCCAAGCAUGCCCAACCUGGGAACAUCAGACCCUGCUGAGCGUAAAUCUUAUUCUCUUACUAUUCUGAGAACCAUCUGUGACAGCCCUGCACUAACACCGCACUUGAGGAACCUGCUCAUUGCUCGUGACUCAAAUGGCUUUACUCCCUUCAUGCUGGCUGUCUCUGGUCGGGCAUAUCAGGCAGCCCUCAUCCUUUUUGAUGUCAUUCACAGGGUGGCUCAUGAUAGUGCUCUUGAUGCAGAGAGUGAAAGACGUGCUGUCAUGCAAAUGAUAUUCCCAAGGGGCAGUAACCCAGAUGACUCGCCGCUUCAUGUCCUGUGCUAUAAUGACACCUGCUCUUUCACUUGGACAGGAGCAGAACAUAUUAAUCAAGACAUAUUUGAGUGUCGCACCUGUGGCCUUGUUGGCUCCUUGUGUUGCUGUACGGAAUGUGCAAGAGUGUGCCACAAAGGGCAUGACUGUAAGCUCAAGAAAACUUCACCAACAGCCUAUUGUGAUUGCUGGGAAAAAUGUAAAUGCAAAGCUCUGAAGUCUGGCCAUCAGACUGCACGUUUUGACCUGUUGUCAAGGCUCAUCACUGAGACAGAUCUAGUGAACAUAUCCAAUGGUAGGGGUGAAAACCUCCUCCUUUUCUUGGUACAAACUGUUGGACGGCAGGUCACUGAAACAGAGGUCAGUGGGUGCAAAGUUAAAACACCCAAGUUCAGCCGAAGAGCACUUGAACGUUUGCUGAACGAUUGGGCAGCUGUGAGAGCCAUGAUCAUGACGGGUCAUAAGGAAGAAAGUCCUCCUUCUUCUGCAUCCACUGAUGACAUUAAUUUCAUGCAGUUUCAAGGUCAUACAACCCACCUGGACAAAUUUACCUAUUGCUUGCUUGUGAAGUUAGUAACUCAGGUAUUCGAGUCCAAUCAUUCCAGUAAAGCAGUGAAACAGACUGUGUGA